CUUGUACUCGUUCGUGCCAAAGUACAAAGCUUGUACAAUAACCAAUCCUCUCUUCAAACUAUCACCUCUCUCUCAAUCUCAAACCUAAACAAUACCAAAAUUGUUUUUUAAAUUUUGAUUUGAUUUAGUUCAUUAAACUUUUUUACUUUCACUACCUAUUUUGCUAAGUCUCUAGAGUCAUCAAUUAUUACUACAAUGACAAACAUGAAGAGCAAAACAGCAAAAUUGUUGAAGCAAAUCAUUGCCGGUUUAACCGCAAUGACAAAGUCAAAAACUAUGGCUAUAAAGUCCAAAACAAAUGCCGUCAAAGCUCGUUUGAUUAUAUUCUCACUCAUGAAGAACAAAAAGUUUCUUAUGAGUUCAAUUUCAGAUAAGUUUCAUUCUGUUUGGGGGAGCCAUUCUCAUCGUCACUCCAAAGAAGAUGGUUUAAUUGAAGAAGGUGGUGGAAAUUGUGAUGAUCACAAUAAAGCCCUAGUUGUGUAUAACAACAAUGCUCAUCAUCGCACUUAUGAAGCAUUGCAAAAUCCAAGUGAAACACAAGUUGUAGAUGAACAACAAGACCAAGAAGAUGGAUAUGAUAGUUACUAUGGUUAUGGUUAUGGAGAUGAUGAUGAUGAUGAUGACAAGUACCCUGAUUUGACUCACACACUUUUUGAUUCUGAAGGAUUGGAUUUUGCUGGGUCAGUGAUUGAUAAGGUGAAGAAUUGUAAGGAAGAAGCAGGGAAAGAAUUUAAACUUGAGGAUGAUAUUGAUGAAGUUGCUGAUCUUUUUAUUAGGAGGUUUAAAAGGAAUAUAAUCUUGCAAAAACAAGAUUCAUUGAAGAGGAAGAGGGAAAUGGUCCAAAAGGGUGCUUGAAUUUCAAGUUUGAUCUUGAUUCAAUGGCUCUAUAUUGCUGCACAGGAUCCAAACUCGUCCUGAUACACGAAAGCUCAACCUCAUCAUUCUCUCCCUUUGAUAUUGCAUUUUUUUUUCAAGAAUAAGGGAGAUUUUAGAAGGAAUAGCUUGGUUUAUUUUACUAUAUUAUAUUAUAUAUGGUUGGUUGGUUUAAUUAAGAUGAGCACAACCCAGAAUUAAUUAACUAGGGUGUGAUUUCUUUGUUCUUUUAUUUUUGUUUUUUUUUCAUUUUGCUUUUGGAUGGUGGUGUGUCAUAGUACUACACCAUGUUCUCUUUUUGAGGUAGCUUUGUAUCAAAUAAAAUAAAAGAGAAUAGAAAUGGACUAUGUUGCUUGUA